AAAUCCUCGAUUUAGAAGCACUUUGCAAUUUGAAUACUCUAAGAACCAGGGAGUAUAACAUUUUGAAAAAUGUUAAUUUUCAAUUAGCCUGCACUAUAUUGCUUAUAAUUGGCUUAUUUGCUUAUGACAGGGUGGCUUUCAGUGGCGAAGACAAACAUGUUUUCAUGUUUCACACAAGUUACAUCUAUUUUUUCCUGCACUUUCUGUUGUCAACAAUCAUUGGCAACAUGGCUUUGAUUUUGAAAAACAAAUUCCAAGACAUCAACAGCUUACUGUCCAGCUACGAAGCUGACCAAUCAAUUACAGUUGUUAAGGGUACCAAAAAAGUCAAAGAUUUAUACUCAGACAUGACUGAAAUAGUUGACAGGUUCAACGAGUUGUUUGGGCCUCAACUUUUCCUAAUGGGCUUACAUUGUUCCUCUCAAAUUCUACAAUGGAGUGUCGCCUUGGUCAACAGCAUGCUAAAAACAAAGGACGAACACCAAGAUGAUUUGGUUCGCCUGGCAAUCGGAGUUAUUUACAUUUUUCUGAUGCUGGUAAUGACAACUUGUAUUAUUUUUAAGGCCAAAUUAUGGACCGACUGGUAA